AUGUCGUAUAUGCUACCUCACUUAAGCAAUGGAUGGCAAGUAGAUCAAGCGAUAUUAGCAGAAGAAGAUCGUGUUGUGCUUAUUCGCUUCGGUCAUGACUGGGAUCCGAGUUGUAUGCGAAUGGAUGAGACGUUGUAUAAAAUUGCAAAUAAAGUGAAAAAUUUUGCCGUAAUAUAUUUGGUGGACACAACUGAAGUUCCUGAUUUCAAUAAAAUGUAUGAGUUGUAUGAUCCUUGCACUGUCAUGUUCUUUUUUCGCAAUAAACACAUUAUGGUUGACUUGGGCACUGGUAAUAACAACAAAAUCAACUGGCCUAUCACUGAUGGCCAAGAAUUAAUUGAUAUUUUAGAAACAGUGUACAGAGGAGCUCGUAAGGGCCGUGGACUUGUAGUAUCACCAAAAGAUUAUUCAACCAAAUAUAAAUAUUGA